AUGUAUGUGGCUAUUCAGGCAGUGUUGUCCUUGUAUGCUUCUGGUCGUACUACUGGUAUUGUGUUGGACUCUGGUGAUGGUGUUACUCACACUGUACCCAUAUAUGAGGGUUAUGCAUUGCCUCAUGCUAUUCUACGUCUAGAUCUUGCUGGAAGAGAUCUUACCGACCACCUAAUGAAGAUUUUGACUGAGAGGGGUUACAGUUUUACGACAACUGCUGAACGUGAAAUUGUCCGUGAUAUCAAAGAGAAGCUUUGUUAUGUUGCUCUAGACUUCGAACAGGAAAUGGCUACAGCUGCUUCCAGCUCUUCUUUGGAGAAAAGUUAUGAGCUUCCUGAUGGUCAGGUCAUUACCAUUGGUAAUGAACGCUUCCGUUGUCCUGAAGCUUUGUUCCAGCCUAGCUUCCUGGGCAUGGAGUCAGCUGGGAUUCACGAGACUACUUACAAUUCUAUCAUGAAGUGUGAUGUGGAUAUCCGUAAAGAUUUAUAUGCGAAUACCGUAUUGUCCGGUGGUAGUACAAUGUAUCCCGGUAUUGCUGAUCGUAUGCAGAAGGAGAUAGGUGCUCUUGCACCCAGCACCAUGAAGAUUAAAAUUGUUGCACCUCCUGAACGUAAGUACUCAGUAUGGAUUGGUGGUUCUAUUUUGGCUUCCUUGUCGACUUUCCAACAGAUGUGGAUUUCCAAACAAGAGUAUGAUGAGUCCGGUCCUGGUAUUGUUCAUCGCAAGUGCUUUUAA